AUGACACGAGGGUCCCAGAGAGACGGGAACCGGCGGGCCUGUGAGCCUUGUCGUCGGAAGAAGUCCAAAUGCACGGGGGAACGGCCUAUUUGUUCGUUUUGUGAACGUCUGGAUUUACCUUGUGAAUACGCUGCACGGGGUAGCCCAACGACCAACCGCGCUGCACGUACUACUAGAAACCACAAAAAGUCCACGGCAGACAGGAUACGGUCGCUGGAGUCCCAAGUCUCCUCCUUGUCUGGUUUGCUCACUUCAGGUGUGAGAGAAGAAUUUGAAUCGCAUAGGAACCAGCAUACAGCAGCUUCCAUACCAAGACAAGAUGUCGCCUUUGCAUCUACACCAAUAGCGUCAGAUGAGCAUGUGUUUUCCGAGGACAGCCCAAAUCCGCCUCAAAGUGUUUUAAGAUAUUUUGUAGAGGUAUACGGAAUCAAGUUGCAUCUCCAGCCAUUACCUUUAUUCGAUCUUGAAUGUCUUGACAACACGCUUCAAGUUGCACCUGAAUAUCUUCUGCAUAGCUUUCUCGCACUAAUGCUCGAGUUUUCGUCUCAUCCGUUUUACAAUAACAAUCAUCAACAAGCCUCUGCAUUCUAUGGGUACUCCGCUGAAGCUGCAACACAACAGCUUGCAGGGCAGGGGAAGCCGACAGCCGAGGUAAUACAGGCUCUAUGUAUGUUAGCCUUGAGAAAUGUCGCAGCCGGCGAUUUACCGCGGGCUUGGAUGUCCGUUGGGACUGCAGCCAGGCUGAGUACUGCUGGCCAUAUGUGGCACGCCCAGUUUGCGAACGCUAUAGAUCAGGACAAAGACAACAGAUGCUAUUGGAGCAUUUACAUGAUAGAAGCCAUCUUCUUCCCUCAUGUUUCUCAAGCAAUAAAAACAGACCGCGCAUAUAAACAUCCACCAAGCGUUGAGCCACCGCCACCGCUGCCUCACGAUUUGAGCCAGAUAAAUGCCCUGGACUUCGAUGACACUGGCGGAACAAGCCGUGACGUUGGUAUUAAUGCAAAUGCAGGGGGUGUUAUCUCUAUCUGGAGUCAAGUCGCAUCCUACCUCCACGAUAUCCGGUUGGGCGAGACCCAAAUACCAUGGCUACCGGAGUCUACAUACUCCAAGCUUAACCUAUCUCUACUCGAGUACGAGGCUCAGCUCCAUCGAAAGCAUCUUAUGAGAAAUCUAUUCCCUUUCAAAAGAUCACCUGAAGACAUAAAGGCAUAUCGCCAGUACUGGAACCCUUGGUUAACGACGCAUCUCAUUCUCCACGCAUCUCUUGCACUCCUCAACCAUCCUUUCAUUCACCUAGUCGCGCUCCGUCGCAACAAAGGCAUGAGCCAAUCUCGAUUAUUCCUACAACAGGUUGUGGACCAGGCUAUCUUCCAUUCUGGAUGGGUGUUCUGGCUGGUUGGUAUAUUCCAAGAUUUGUCAGUAGACAUUUCGAACCCUUUGAUCGGAUUGGCGGUUGCAGCGACAUCAACUAUCCCAUGGCUAUACCAGUUUGGUAGAAACGCCAAACUUGCUCGGAAAGCAAGUCAGAAUUUAUCGAAAGGACAAAGGCUUCUUGAACACAUGUCAAAAACCUGGCCAUUCUUGUCUCGCAAGCUUGAAAGACUCAAAGAACUACAAUCACUUGCUAUGGGAACACAAUUAGAGACAGGCACAACUAGUACAAUGAUUGAGUUCCCCCCGUCGAUGAUUUGGGUGCUUCUCGAUCCCAUCAUCGAACCAGCUGGGAUAUCGAGCAAAAACGACGAUACCUCGACAGAAGAUGCCACUCGGGUGAGCAUCCAUGUAACCACGGACUUUUUGCAUCCGCUGGAGGAUGACCAGGAUGAAUCAAUACUAAGCCCAUUCGAUUGGGAGAAUAGUUUGAUGUUCCAGAAUGACUUGCUUCAGGAUAUUUACCCUGCAACCUUGGUCCCGUUCGACCUGAAUAACUUGUAA